ACUACUGGGUGUAUGUGGAGCACUCGCCCUUUAACGCCCUCUGCCCGUUCAUUGUUCGCUUUUUAAACUUUCCCUGAAAUCAGAGCAAACAAGUCACAUUAUACUUCUGUAAUCCAACUCUAAUGCGGUCCGCCUCAGUUGUCGCCAAACCGGUUUGACGUCUCUGAGUCCUGAAGGGGAAGUGAAGGACUGAGCUGCACAACUUUUAAAAAACUCGUUUACUCUUGUGUUGCUUUGCAACCCGGUGGGUUUUUGUUUUUUUGUUGUCAUUUUCUGUUCCUGGCUCGACACUGAGCAUGAACAUGUUCAAAAGAGAUAAAGGUUCUACAGUACAAACUCCAGCAGUCCCCCCAAGACCCAACAAAGAGGAUCUAGACAAUCCCAUCACACACAGCCUGAACAGGCAGGAUGCAGGAAUGACAGCAUCCUCGCAGGAAAACAACAAUGAAGUUACAAAUGAGCUAAACCCAAAGGCCAAGAGGACUGGGGUGAUGGGAGUUAUGCAGAAGGUCAAUCCCUUCAAGUCUACCACACAGGUCGCCUCCACUGUCAGCAAAGCUCCCUCUUCAGAGUCACUAGAACAGGGAACAAACUCCUCACAGAACCCUGGUAUGCUGAAAGGGGUUAUGCAGAAGGUCAACCCAUUCAAAUCUACCUCCCAGGUCUCUAAAGCUCCAUCUUCAGAGUCUCUGGAACAGGGACAGGUUUCAGACUCUAAUCAGAAUCCCGGUAUGUUGAAAGGAGUAAUUCAGAAGGUCAAUCCCUUCAAGUCUUCCACACAGGUGCCAAAGAGUGAUCCUCAACAGGAUUGUGUAGAUCCACAAGAGACUGGAAAAGAACUUCAGGCCAAACAGAAUCCAGGGAUGAUCGCAGGAAUGAUGCAGAAAGUGAACCCAUUCAAAUCCUCACAGCCAAAGGACACACAGCCUCUACACAAUGACCUUUCCUCUAGCAGUGGAAGCUUAGCAGACAAUGACAACUUGCCAGAGAAACAGAACCCCGGUAUGUUCAAAGGGAUGAUGCAGAAAGUGAACCCCUUCAAGUCUUACACACAGAUGCCAGCAGAUGAAUGUCAGACAGACUCUGCGGUUCCCACUACAGCCCCCUCGUCCAAGACGCAGGAAAAUCAAGCUAUUCAUCGUGAGGACUCCUCCAGCUCUGAAAGCUUGGAUGAUGGCACCAUCGAGAGACAUUCUAUUUGGUAUACUGACGGUGACGCCAGCGGUGAGGUGAACAAUCAGCCAGUGGAGGCACCAAAGAAAAAAACUAUGACUUUCAGAAUAAAGAGGAUUCUGCCCAGUGCACUGUUUGGAUCCGGAACAAAGGACUCUGCAACAGCAUCAUCGGACAUUCAGACAAUACCUCAGGAGGCCGUUGAAGUUCAGACGCUGCAAAUGGCUGAAGGAACAGUCCUGGACCCUCUAGACGAUGAAGAAGGGCUUUUGACGUGGUGGAGAACAGUAGAAGGUAUGCUUGAUAUUGAUAUAAUUUGUUAAUUAUUGGUGAUCCUG